UGUGGGGACAUGUUCUCCGUGAAAAAACUGCUGGACUACCACCGGCGAUGCAAGCACCACCAAAGGCCCCAGGGAAGGCACAGAUGCACCCACUGUCCCUAUUCCAGCAACAAGAAGCACCACGUGACUGAACACGAGAGGAUCCACACCGGCGAGAGGCCAUUCGUCUGCCACGUCUGCCGCAAGGGCUUCAUGGUUCAAUCGAAUCUCAACAGCCACCUGCUUGUCUACACGGCGGAGAGACCGUACGAGUGUCCAGACUGCGGACAGCGGUUCACCCAGUCGUCCCACAUGGCGCAACACCAAAGAGCAUUGCACUCUGGCAACAGCGCUCGACCCUACGUGUGUGCCCAAUGUGGAAAGGGAUCCACGCAGAGUUCUAGUCUCACCAUGCACCUGCUAAUCCGUACGGGUGCGAAGCCUCCUGCCUGCUCCGUCUGCGGAACGAAAUUCACACUGCGCGGUAACGCCAAGAAGCACGAGAUCGUCGUGCACGGUCGCCAGUACCCGCUUCACUGCCCGCACUGCGGCAAGGGGUUUAGGGACGUGAGCCAAAUGAGAAAGCAUAUGCUUGCUCGUCACUGUGACGACAACGUAGAAAACACUGAAGAUUGGAGCGAAAAACAGCCAUGAUGGAGAGUUGGACGACGAAAGAGAUUUUAUGUGCAAGACCGGGAAUGUUGAAGAACCAAAGGAAACAACAAAACCCGGUCGACAUUUCUUGUAGGUUCUAAAUAAAAGCCAAACCACUAUACCACUGUACCUUUACCACCAUAGUACAGCAAGGGGUGGAAAAGAGACAGGUGAGAUGGUAAAAGCCUAGCCAAGCCAGGGCCAAGUAUAGGUGCCCACCAGCUCUGAUGUGACCCAGCCUUGCGUGACUUAUUGCAAGCUGCACCUAUUUUUUAAAAUAAUGAAUCAUCAGCAACCUUUCAAUCUUAUCAACCAUGACUUGUUGAAAAACACUAACUGUACCCAUUUUUGUAUCAGAAGGAACUUUACUGUUAGGAGUUCUCACUGAUUAUGGCACAAAAUUUUUUUAUUUCGUCAUUUCACAUUGGGAAAUUCUUCGCCACCCAAUCUAAAGUUGUCAUCGCACCUGUAUAUACUUUCAAAAAAGCUCUGAAAUUUUUCCUUCUGUCAUCAUAAUUCAUUCAAUUAUAUCGUUUAUGUCCUGUUUAGCUUCUGUCACAGUUAUUGUACUAUUUUUGUUGGUGCAUUCAUUACUGUUUUUUUUAUAGUUUAGUUUUUUCUGUAGUUGUUCACCACUGCUCCGUUAAUCUUUAUUCUUUAAAUUUCCACAGGCAUUUCCUAAUUCAUGCAUUUUUCAUUAUGGGUUCCCCUAUAAUCUUUGUACGAUGGGACGCCAGUCUGUAGAAGGAUUCCUAGCAUAUGGUGUAAUGCUACUUCGCUUAAAAAAUAAAAAAGAAAUUGAUGGGGGGAGGGGGGAAAAGUGUCAGGGUUACUAUAAGGAAUGUACCUCGGUAUGGGAGCCUGUGGAAGUAGAAAUGAAAGCAGUCACUUGGCUGAUGUAACAUGCAAUGAGGAGUCACCGGCACAAACUCGUAUAACCAGGCACAGAAUUGAAAGCACACAUAACGUGCCGCAGCACUACCGACUUGCAAAGCAGCACUUCAUCACUUAACAUAAUGCUUGAUGCACUUUUUACACAUUUAGUUUGCAAAAUAUUAGGUAUUCUGAAACAAGCUGACAGCGGAGUCUGUUAAGGCUCCAUGCUAAAUGCAUUACUUGCAUGUGUAGUCCACAAAGGUCGUUCAUGCAAAGGAUGGUCAUUUAACCCUCUGUUGCAUAGCGUCCCAUAUUUGGCACAUACCUAUUAACACUUUUUUAUUGAGGGCGCAAAGACCCAGUCGAGAACGUGACACUGCCAGAG